UCCCUGACUGAAGGGGGAGGAGCCUCCAGAGCUGCCCAUGACCUAAUGUCGUGUUCGGUCUCAUUGUGUUAUUAUUGCAUGGAAGUCAUCCACUAUGGCGUCGCACUUUAGCGGUGUAUUACAACUAACUGAUUUGGAUGAUUUUAUUACACCGUCACAGGAAUGUGUGAAACCUGUGAAAGUGGAGAAGAAGCAGGGGCGAUCUGUGGCCAAAAUCAGAAUUGAGGACGAUGGCUCUUACUUUCAAGUUAAUGAGGAUGGUCAUAUGCAGAAGCUAGAGAAAGCCAAGAUCACUCUGAAUGACUGUCUGGCUUGCAGUGGCUGCAUCACAUCAGCCGAGAGCAUCCUGAUUACUCAGCAGAGUCAUGAAGAGCUAUACCGUGUGCUCCGCCUCAAUAAGCAGAGUAGCAGCAGUGAGCAGAAGCUGGUUGUAGUGUCUGUGUCCCCGCAGUCUCGAGCAUCCCUAGCAACACAGUACUCUCUGAGCAGCAGUGAGGUGGCCAGGAGGCUUACAAAGUUCUUUAAAAAUCUGGGUGUUCAUUAUGUGUUUGACACUGGCUUCAGUCGCACCUUCAGCCUGCUGGAGAGUCAGAGAGAGUUCCUCGAGAGGUUUGCUCGGAAAGAGGAGGACAAGAAAGCCUUGCCCAUGCUGGCCUCUGCCUGCCCUGGUUGGAUCUGCUAUGCUGAGAAAACCCAUGGUGACUUCAUCCUGCCUUACAUCAGCACAACCCGUUCUCCACAACAGAUGAUGGGUUCACUGGUCAAGAGGUUCUUCGCUAGUCAGCAGGGUGUUGAACCGCAAAAGAUUUACCAUGUGACCGUGAUGCCUUGCUAUGACAAGAAACUGGAAGCUUCCAGACCUGAUUUCUACCUUACAGAAGCAGAGACCAGAGAAGUGGACUGUGUCAUUACAUCAGGAGAAGUUCUCAAGAUGUUGGAAGAGGAGGGUGUGUCUCUGAGUGAUAUAGAGCCAGCACCUUUAGACACUAUGUUCAGUAAUGUGUGUGGUGAGGAGUUGUUGUGUCAUGCUGGGAGUGGUUCAGGAGGAUAUCUUCAUCAUGUUUAUACUCACACUGCCAAACAGCUCUUUGGAGUUGAAGUGGAGGAACUUACAUACAAGACCCUCAAAAACAAGGAUUUCCAGGAAGUCAUUCUAGAGAAAGAUGGAGAAGUUCUUCUGCGCUUUGCUGCCACCUACGGCUUCAGGAACAUUCAGAACCUGGUACAGAAGUUAAAGAGAGGAAAGUCACCGUACCAUUUUGUAGAAGUCAUGGCAUGUCCGUCAGGGUGCCUGAACGGAGGUGGUCAGCUGAAGCCUGUAGCAGAUCAGUCUAACAAGGAUCUGCUGCAGCAGGUGGAGGCAGCAUACCGAGCAGAGCAGCUCUCUGUACCUGAAGAGGAUCAGCGCGUCACUGAGCUUUACCACACAUGGCUACAGAAUAUGGGAGAAGGGAAAGCAAGAGAGCUACUUCAUACACAGUAUCACACGGUGGAGAAAAGCACAAACGGACUCACCAUCAAGUGGUGAAGAUCUGAACGCCUGGUGUCUGAAUCAUCUGAAAUCUAUAAAGCAGAAACAUGAUGCAUGGAACACAAUCUACGGCACUGCAAUUCAGGACAAGUGUUGGAGUACUGAGAUCUUGUCAAUCUUCUCAUAUCAUAAAGUACAGUGUUCAUGUGACGUAUCUGCAAAUGAUCAUAUGCACAACAGCAUAACCACUUUCACAAGCUUACAAAGGUCACUUAAUUCUGUGGCUUUGUACUGUGCAACGUUAUUUCAUGACAGUUACUGAAAUAAGACCGAUGCUCCUCAAAGACAUCCGUUUUGAAAUGAAUAAAAUUGGGAAUGUUGGGUA